AUGGAGAGUGGUGGCCAGUAUGAUAAUGGGCGGUGCAAGCCUGAUUACUUCAAAGGGACACCACCUUCUGUGUGGAAUAUGAUGCCUCAGCAUCAGAUAAAGGAGCAACAUAAUGCACUCGUCAUGAAUAAGAAGAUCAUGUCCAUCCUCGCCGAAAGAGACGCUGCUCUCAAAGAAAGAAACGAAGCCUUAGCUGCCAAGAAGGAAGCUUUAGCCGCUCGAGACGAAGCACUUGAGCAACGCGACAAAGCUCUCUCAGAAAGAGACAACGCCAUCAUGGAGAGGGAAACUGCUUUAAAUGCUCUUCACUACCCUGAGAAAAACAACUUAAACUACAUCCUGUCAUGCGCAAAGCGUGGUGAAACUGAAAGAAGCCACCUACCGAACCCUUCCCAUAUAUCAACUAAGCCGACCAAAAGGAAAAUAGAGACCAAACAGGGAAACAAACUGGGAGAAGAUCUGAACCGUCUGGCUGCUUCUCCCGGAAAGAAGUGCAGAAAAGACUGGGACGUUAACGAAGUCGGUUUAAACCUAGUCGCGUUCGAUGAGACGACAAUGCCUGUGCCCAUGUGCACUUGCACGGGUACCGCUCGUCAGUGUUGUUGUGGAUAA